CCGGUCUGGGUGCCACCUCUCCCUGCUUGGGCGCCGCUGCGCGAGCGCUUCCCUUCCCCCUGCGAGCGCCCGGAUAAUGUCUGAGAAUGUCCAUUUCUGGGACGCUUAGCAGCUAUUAUGUCGACUCUAUCAUAAGUCACGAGAGUGAGGACGCGCCUCCAGCCAAGUUUCCUUCCGGCCAGUACGCGAGCCCCCGGCAGCCGGGCCACGCGGAGCACCUGGAGUUCCCCUCGUGCAGCUUCCAGCCCAAAGCGCCGGUGUUCGGCGCCUCCUGGGCGCCGCUGAGCCCGCACGCGUCCGGAAGCCUGCCGUCCGUCUACCACCCCUACAUCCAGCCCCAGGGCGUCCCGCCGGCCGAGAGCAGGUACCUCCGCACCUGGCUGGAGCCGCCGCCGCGCGGCGAAGCGGCUCCGGGGCAGGGCCCGGCGGCGGUGAAGGCGGAGCCGCUGUUGGGCGCGCCGGGGGAGCUGCUCAAACAGGGCACGCCCGAGUACAGUUUGGAAACUUCGGCGGGCAGGGAGGCCGUCCUGUCUAAUCAAAGACCCGGCUACGGGGACAAUAAAAUUUGCGAAGGAAGCGAGGACAAAGAGAGGCCGGAUCAAACCAACCCCUCCGCCAACUGGCUGCACGCUCGCUCUUCCCGGAAAAAGCGCUGUCCCUACACCAAAUACCAGACGCUGGAGCUAGAGAAGGAGUUUCUGUUCAAUAUGUACCUCACCAGGGACCGUAGGCACGAAGUGGCCAGACUCCUCAAUCUGAGUGAGAGACAAGUCAAAAUCUGGUUUCAGAACCGGCGGAUGAAAAUGAAGAAAAUGAAUAAGGAACAGGGCAAAGAGUAAAGAUUCCCCCCUUGCUCUCCCCACCCUUUUCCCAUCUCAUGCUUAUUUAUAAGUGAUGGCUGCAAAGCCAGUGCUGUCGGGGAUGUAUUCAAGUGAGUGGGGAAGGGAGUCUUUCUCUUCCAAGUCCUUUCCUGCAUCUAGAGCCUAUCUCCUUUCCUUUGCCCUUACUUGCCCUCCUCUCCCUGGGCCUCAGGAGGAAGUUUUGUUAAUUUAGCAGGUAGAUGUAGUUGGUUCCUAAGAAGUGGGUGGGCCACAAGGAAAAAGAACCUAGUCGAGCCCCUAGCCACCCCCCUCCAUCUAAUUUUUCUGGGAAGCCCCAGCCCCUCAUUUCCAGCCUGCCUGUUUCCCCGACACCUAUCCCAAAGUCACCCAGGGACAUUCCAGCUGCACAUAUCCCAGCAGAUGCCCACGUACAUAAAGCCUGGAGCCCACAGUAAUAACGGAGAAAGCUCACAGCCAACACUCAAAUGAAGUGACUUCUCAAAUGCAGACCACCGUACCCAAAAUCUGGCAGAACAGCCAGGAGACCGUCAGGCAAGAUUCUAUCCCUGACGCAAAUACACAGCAAGAUGUCUAGAGACACACUCCUGAAUCAGGCACUGCAGCCCACAGGGCUGAGCAUCACAAUAUCAUCCCUAUGGAACCCCCAGCUCUACCCUGCCCGACCCAAGGGCAAAGGGGGUAAAAGCCCCCAAGCUGGUGGGCUAGAAAGGGCAAGGGAAGGCAGCGGUGGUCUUAUGAAGGUAUCUUAGGUUUGAUGAAGGUAUUCCACAUACACAUUUUGUUGCAGGAAAUGUUUAAUUCUGCAUGUUGUUUUCCUCUCCUUCCAACAAAAGGAGGUCAAAUUGUGGGUCGUAAGCCUUGACAAUGUCGUCCGUCUGUUCAGCUGUGCCCCGCUUGACAGAGACUGUAGCUCCUCUUGCUCUCCACCGGCCCCUGCAUUCUUCCGCAUCCUCCCUGCUCUGAAAUCAACUCGGUUCGGCCAAAUCCACCUUGCAUCAGCGAGUCAAGCCGCCCCUUGUAGAAAACCCCUCCACCCUCCAUCCCCUGCUAGGUCAACCUCGCCCUAGGCAGGAAAACCAGGGCAGGAGAGUCCCAUGGAGAAUUUAUUAGGAAUCGAUUCCUGAGCUCGCUGCCGGGCUAAGUUGUAGGGGACAGGGAGCCAGCAACGCCUCCAGCGCGGCGUUAGACGCGUUCCUCUCCCCAUCCUGUCCACUUCCCGACCCAUGCGGAGGAGCCCCGGGCUUGGCGACUGCCAGCCCCAGCGCAGAAUGAGACUGGCGUCAGCGCCGGGCUUUGCCUGCCGCGCGACUCGGGCCUGGAUGGCAAUCUGCGCGGCUACUGCGCUCACGCUCCGGGGAACAGUCCCGCGUGCGAAGGAGAGAGGCAGAGUUGCACCUCAGCAGCAGGCCGAAGCUUACUCUGUGCUUCCCUGCCGCCCCCUGCUCUCCCACCUCUUCAAUCCCUUUCAAUUCCAUGGACUCUUGCUCCUGCUUCUCCCGCCCCUGCAAGGGGACGUUCCAGUAGAACUUUUUUGCUUUGUCGGUGGCUGUCGUGAAAUUGUGCUGUGUUUUGUGAUUUCUUUGGGGGUGAUUGUCUCGCCUGUUUUCAGUUGUCGCUUCUGUGGGAGGGUGGUGGGUGGGAAUGGGGAGGGUGAGGGGGCCUAG